AAAAAGACCGGGAAAGGAGGGAAGAAAAGCAAACUCGUCACUUUAAGACAAAAAAUAACUUCCUUAAUAACUAAGAAGGACAAUCUCAUUUCAUUUGUUAGUUUUCACAUCCUCCAACAUAAGUUUCUGAGUUUGAAACACAGCAUAAACAAAGCAAAAUAUGAAUGCCACUCUCCCUUUUUAAAAGGAAACAAAGCUGAAGACACCACACGAGCAAUCAAUAGAUAACAAACUAAAGAUAGAGUGAGAGUGAGAGACAUGUAUAGGUUCAGCAACACAGUAAUCGGGUUCUUGAACUUGUUCACACUUUUAGCAUCCAUACCAAUAAUUGGAGCAGGUCUAUGGAUGGCAAGGAGCAGCACAACCUGUGAGAAUUUUCUCCAAACCCCUCUUUUGGUUAUAGGAUUCGUUGUGCUAGUGGUGUCACUAGCAGGCUUCAUUGGUGCAUGUUUUCAUGUGGCAUGUGCACUAUGGUUGUACUUGGUGGUCAUGUUGUUCCUCAUAGCAGCACUCAUGGGCUUCACAAUAUUUGGUUUUGGUGUGACUAGCAAGGGCGGUGGUGUGGAAGUGCCUGGAAGGGUUUACAAGGAGUAUCGUCUUCAAGAUUACUCACCAUGGUUGAGGAAGAGAAUUCAGGAUCCUCGCUAUUGGAACACUAUUAGAGGCUGUAUUUUGGGGUCUAAAACUUGUGAAAAGCUUGCCUCUUGGACCCCUCUUGAUUAUAUGCAAAGGGAUAUGUCUCCAAUACAGUCUGGAUGUUGUAAGCCACCAACUGCUUGCACUUACAACGUGGCAACAACAAUGAUGACUCAAGACCCUGAUUGCUACAGGUGGAACAAUGCCCCUAAUUUGCUAUGCUAUGAGUGUGAUUCUUGCAAAGCUGGUGUGCUUGAAGACAUAAGAGGGAAUUGGCACAAGCUCUCGGUUCUCACAGUCACCAUGCUUGUGCUUCUCAUAGGGAUUUAUUCCAUUGGGUGCUGUGCUUUCAGAAACACAAGAAGAGCUGAAACGGAUUAUCCCUAUGGUGAAAACCGCAUGACCAAAGUCCGACCUAGAUGGGAUUACCAUUGGUGGAGGUGGUUACAUGACAGGAGAGAACAGCUUUAUUAGCUGAGAAGCUCUAACUACAAUCCAUGGUAUAGACUAGAGAAGGCAUCAAGGCCUUUCCAUUCCCUGAAUGGCUGCUUUUUUGUAUAAAGCAUAAUUUCGCUUUAUCUCAAAUAUCGUAACACGCCGUUACUUUUUCUCAUUACUAGUUGAUUUUGAAUUUUAAUACAUCAACAAGUACACUGAAUUA